AUGAUUAGUUAUAUAAAAAGAGUCCAGAGCAGAAAUCAAACAGAAGUGACAGAAUUCAUCUUCUUGGGGUUGUCAGACAACCCAGAAGUACAAGGCGUACUCUUUACAUUGUUUCUGUCCAUCUACGUGAUGACCAUGGUGGGCAACCUGGGGAUGAUGGCACUGAUUAGGAUGGAUCGCUGUCUGCACAGCCCUAUGUACUUCUUUCUCUGCAGCCUCUCCUUUGUGGAUGCCUCUUCCUCUUCUUCGGUCACACCCAAGAUGCUGGUCAACCUCAUGGCUGAGAGCAAGACCAUUUCUUUCAAUGGGUGUGCAGCCCAGUUCUUCUUCUUUGGCUCCUUCUUGGGAACUGAAUGCUUCCUGUUGGCCAUGAUGGCAUAUGAUCGCUAUGCCGCCAUUUGGAACCCCCUGCUAUACCCAGUUUUGAUGUCUGGGAGAAUUUGUUUUAUGUUAGUGACAACAUCCUUCCUUGCUGGCUUUGGAAAUGCAGCCAUCCAUACGGGAAUGACAUUCAGAUUGUCCUUCUGUGGCUCUAACAGGAUCAACCAUUUUUAUUGUGACACCCCACCCCUGCUCAAACUCUCUUGCUCUGACAUUCAUGCUAAUGGCAUUGUGAUCAUGGCUUUCUCCACUUUCAUUGUCAUCACCUGUGUUAUGAUUGUUCUGAUCUCUUACCUGUGCAUCCUCAUUGCCAUCCUGAAAAUACCUUCCACAAUGGGAAGACAUAAAGCAUUCUCCACCUGUGGGUCCCACCUAAUGGCUGUCACCCUCUUCUUUGGGUCAAUUCUUUUCAUGUAUUUGCGACCUACUUCUAGAUACUCAAUGGAACAGGACAAGGUUGUGUCUGUGUUUUACAUGAUAGUGAUCCCCAUGCUCAAUCCUCUCAUCUACAGCCUGAAAAACAAGGAUGUAAAAGAGGCAGUGAAGAAAAUUUUACAUAAGAAUAUGCUGUUAAGUCCAUGCUAUCCAUCCUUUUCUAUGAAGAGGUAA